AUGUUUCGUUUUACAUACGAGUGUGGUACAUGUGAUUUGUUUACCGGUGUUUCCUUGGUAGAUAUUUUGAUGUGGCUCUGUCAAGCUUUAGUGGUCAUUAUGCUUCUUGGAUAUGUAGCUGUCGUGAUCUCUGUAAAGUUGAAGAAGAGUAUGAGUGGCAACAGGAAGAGACCAAGUGGUCGUGAAGCACAACUGGUAUUAGACAAUUUGUUUUGUUAA